CUUGUCUUUAGUUGUAUUUCGGACGCUUCCGCCGUCGGUGUGAUUCCACAGUAACAGUUCUGUUUCGAUCGCGGUCAGGAUCUUACAGGAUUCUCGGGGUGAAACGAUGUCGUUUGGGUGUCAGAAUACAAUAUUAAAAGUGUGCUGUCAAUAAUUUGAUCAUUCGUUUUAAAAUCGUAAUAGUUAAGUUGGAAACAUCGGUCUGCCAACUGUCAACAUCAGGAUCAAAGAAAGAACGCCGUUUCGGCUGUAAUACCAGUAAAGCCAAAGAAAGUUAAGCGCGGGGUGAAUGGUCCGGCAAAGGAGUGAGAAAGAUCGGGUUUAUUGCAUUCAAGUGCGAUGAGUAGAAUGCUGUAAAUAACGCGCCCUUGCGGUGGUGUGAGUGAACGAGUGCGUCUAAAAAUAUACGCAAGGUGCAAAAGGUAUCAAUAGCAUCAUCAUCAGCAGCAGCAGUCGCUCUAGUGACGAAGCAUAUCGGCAAGAGUAGCAGUAAUUGUGUUUGUGUUGAGAAUUAUAGUAAGGUUUCCAUGUGUUGUUUGUUGAUUGCAUUGAAGUGAACGGCCAUUGGUGGUGGUGUGUGUGGUAAAUCAACACAAAAGUGUGUGAAGUGUAAUAAAGUUAAGAGCCAUUCUUUGGAGUGUACGGUGGAGGCUUUAGGGAAUUCGUUUAUGCAAAAUGGGCAAAAUGUGUUUCAUCUUAGGCUGUAUUGUUUUGCUUCUGGGCUACGUCAAUGUGGGAUUAUCCAUCCAGCAGCAGGACUCCUUUGGAGCGGGUCAUGAGAUUUCGAGCAUUAGCGCGGAUGACAUGCAGCAUCAUAAUCGCUGCGAACCGAUUACGAUCCCCUUUUGUAUUGACAUUCAAUACAACAAAACCAUUAUGCCGAAUCUAAUUGGUCACACGAAGCAGGAGGAGGCUGCACUGGAGGUGCAUCAGUUUAUCCCGCUCGUUAAAAUCGACUGCAGUCCAGACUUGAAGUUCUUCCUAUGCACGCUGUAUGCACCUGUCUGUACGAUCCUAAAUUUCCCUAUACCUCCCUGUCGGAGCUUAUGCGAAAGUGCUCGCGUUUGUGAAACGAUUAUGAAAACUUUUGACUUUCAAUGGCCGGAAAAUCUCGAGUGCAGCAAGUUCCCCGAAGACGGCAAGGAGCUGUGCGUUUCGCAGAACAACUCAUCGGAAAGUACUCCGAUGCCAACAAGUUCCAUCCACGCGACUAAGCCGCACGUACCACGCAAGAACAUCCCCUCCGGCUCGGUGGCGAACGUUGGCAGCAGCCAUCGAGAUCUUGGGUUUAUAUGCCCGGUUCAGCUGAAAGCUCCUACCAUCAUGGGCUACCAGCUGACGGUGGGCGGAAAGGUCACCAAGGACUGUGGCGCACCGUGCAACUCAAUGUUCUUCUCGGAAAACGAACGUACCGUGCUGAAGUACUGGGUCGGGUCGUGGGCUGCGGUUUGCGUUGCCAGCUGCCUCUUUACGGUGCUGACCUUCAUGAUCGACUCGUCGCGUUUCCGCUACCCGGAGCGGCCGAUUGUGUUCCUGGCAAUUUGCUACCUAAUUGUCGGCUGUGCUUACGUGGCCGGGCUCGGUGCCGGAGAUACGGUGGCCUGUCGGGAACCAUUCCAGCCGCACAUCAAGCUCGGACGGAUGCAUAUGCUGUCAACGAUUACUCAGGGUCACCGCCAGUCGACGUCCUGCACGGUACUGUUUAUGGCCCUGUACUUCUGCUGCAUGGCCGCAUUCGCUUGGUGGGCCUGUCUAGCGUUGGCCUGGUUCCUGGCAGCUGGGCUCAAGUGGGGCCACGAAGCGAUCGAAAGUCGGUCCCAUCUGUUUCAUCUGGUGGCGUGGGCGAUACCGGCAGUACAGACAAUCUUUGUGUUGGCGCUCGGGAAAGUUGAAGGUGACGUCCUAUCCGGAGUGUGCUUUGUGGGUCAGCUGGAUACGCACUCACUGGCGGUGUUCCUGCUUAUUCCGCUGUGUAUUUAUUUAUCGAUCGGCGCUCUGUUUCUGCUAGCCGGGUUCAUCUCGCUGUUCCGUAUCCGCACGGUCAUGAAGCACGACGGAACCCGGACGGACAAACUGGAGCGGCUGAUGCUGCGGAUCGGAUUUUUCAGCGGUCUAUUCAUUCUGCCUGCGCUCGGCUAUUUGGGCUGUCUGUUCUACGAGUACUACAACUUUGACGAGUGGAUGGUCCAGUGGAACCGGCAGAUGUGCAAGAUUUUCUCCAUCCCCUGUCCGAUCAGCGCCAAACACAGCAUACCGGUCGGUCCGGACGAGGAGCGGCCCGUUUUCCACAUCUACAUGGUGAAGUACGUGUGCUCGAUGCUGGUCGGGGUCACGUCGAGCGUUUGGCUGUGGUCCGGUAAAACGGUUAUCAGCUGGCGACAGUUUGCCGAACGGUUGCAAGGCAAGGACACGAGGAAUCGGGGAGCGUACGUCUAGGGCUAGGUGGCUCCUGGUUGACUCCCUAUCGCUUCUCACAGGGCAGCGAAAGAGACACUUAAGCAAUUAACCGGAUCGACUUGGCGGAGUUCAUCGUCGAACCAAACUUUUACAGUUUUGCGGAGCAUAAUCGAGAUGCUAGUUGGGUAAACGUAUCUUGUCUGCAGAUGGAUAUUAGUAUUUGAAACUUCGAAGAGUUCAACUUUCGAACAACUAAAACGGAUUUUUAGUUUACCUUGGUUUUACUCAAGAUUGCAAUUAAUACGCCAAUCAUGUAUGGUUUACAAUCUACUAUAUUUAUACCGAGUGAUUUAUCUACUUAUCUACUUUUUACGUUUUUCUACUCAAACCCAAUCAGGAUAAUUAAAUGCCACUGAGGGAUUUCACGCCAAUUCUUCUAACCAUUGACAGCACCGUAGCAGAAUUCAGUGAAACUUUUCGAGUUUGGUGACAUAGGUAAUUCAAGCAACUUUUUAUGCUCAACAUCCAAAAAACACUAAGAUUUUCCCCAAAAAAUACUGAAGUCUCUUUUAACGCGGUAUGUUUUCAAUGAAUUUCUUUUUACUUGUCAAGUAAAUUUCCAAAAUCAAUUCCUCUAACUUUUUUUAUUUUUAUUUUUUGAUGCGCAGGACAAAUUAACUUUGCUCUUUAGAUUGUUUCGAAGGUAUUUACCAGAUAUUAGGAACAAUUUUUUUGAGUAAUGAUUUAAAUAUUCCAUGAGCACUUUUUUCGACACUGCGACUUUAAACGUUAGACUGGUUGAAAAAUAUUAUUUGUUAAAAUUAAAACACUCACAAUUCUUUCAUUGUGUAUGAAAAUAAAAGAUAUCAAUUAAUGUUCCUUGAUUUUGCUUGCGAGGAUUUGAAACGUCUCUUUGUUUUUACAUUUUUAUGUUAUUAAAUUGAAGAAUUGGCAUACCUUACUAGUACAUGAAUACAUUAAAGCAGGCUUUCGAAUACACCAACUGUAUUAUCAUUUUCGCCUGAUGAAAUAAUAUGCCAGGGCGAUCAAGUUAGCUGAUGAAAACAUCGCAAUCGUUGGUUGGGGAAAACUGUUUGGUGCUCAAUGUCCUACUGUGCUGUUUCGCAGUAUUAAUAUUAGGUUCGCUAUUAUAUAUAUGCUCUUUUUGACCGGAGGUAGGAAGAAUCGAUCAUAGUAACAUCUGAUAACAAUUUGUGCCGAUCGGCUGGAUAGACUCCGCUCACAAGUGUGUAGUGUCAUUUUUUGCUCUGCCAGCUAUGCAAUGUGCAUAUGAUGCAAUGUAAUCUGGUUUUGUAAUUUCGUGUUGACGGCGUUUCUGAUACAUAUUUGUUUAGUUUUGCCAAGCGAACAACAAAGAUGGAAAUGUUUUUGCUCAUCACGCACAUUUUGAUAACUACAUAUCAGGGAUGUUACGGAUGUGAUUUUUCAGACAUCUGCAGAUGCGGAUGCGGAUGCGGAUAUGUGAUUACGGAUGCAGAUGUUGAUGCGGAUGUCAAUUUUCAUGCGGAUAUCCGUUACAUCCCUACUACAUAUGUAUGUUCGCGUAGAUGCGAACAGCCUUUAAAAUCUCUUUUAACACCGUCAACGCGAAACGCUAUAAUAUCAAUCUUUACUAGUAGCCAAGCUAUGCCAGCUACAUUAUUCAGGCAAAGCAAACGAGAUCCUACAACACCCGAGAGCAAUUUUAUUCUGUAAAGGAUUCGUUCGAAAUCACAAUUCGAUUUCAAAUUUUUACUCCGUCGAGAACUAAAAUAGCUAAAAUCUGUGCUCACUCAAUCGAAGAUGUGUAAGUUAUCGUUUUUUCUGUGCACGUUGAAUCACAGUGCUCUUUUUUGCAUUGCGUUUAUAGAAGUGCGUGGUUGAGAAAAUGGCUACAUUUGAUUUUUUUUUUCUUAAGAGCUGUAUCAAAUCAAGCAAAACUAUGAGUUGCAUGCAUAUGCAACACGUGUUUACUGCCUACUGGUAUCAAGAGCAAUAUUUUACAUCUACACAUUCCAACGAAGAAGAGUAUUCAGAAGCCUGCAUUAAAGCCGCAUGAUGGUUUUAUGAUAUUCGAAAUAGGGUAUUGGGUAUCGGCUCUAUAAUCCUCAGGCUUGUCCAAUUCUCGUCCGGGGGGUGAAUGAAGUCAUAGAAAACUAAUCUUUUUAGGGAAGAUGCUCUGCAUAAUGAAGAACCAUCAUGCAGGAAAUUAACGCUCUUCGAUAUCAUUCCCCCCCCCCCCUGACGAGGAUAGAGACGAUACCCUAAUUGAAAGUAUAAAAGAAAAAAAAUAUUACAUUCUUUGAAAAAAAAAAAAAAAUUAGAUAUUGAGCCUGUUUAACGUGGAAAAGGCCAGUUCGAAGACACACAAAUGACAACAAACCUGUGACGGCAAAAAUUUAAUUUUAAAUCAAUAUUAAAUUCACACCAAAGUUUUUUUUAAUAGGGGGGAUGUUUUGCGAUGAAUUAAUCAUUUACUAAUAUCUAUGGGAUAUAUUACAACAGUUCACAUCAAUGGACAACGUAAUUCUAAUUCCCUAACAAAAAAAAAAAAACAAAAAAUCAUGAAGCAUAUGACAUAAAAAUUGACAAAAAACAUGAUACAAAAAGAAACGACAGAAAAAUGAUAUGAAGAUGACGAAAAGAUUUACGAAAACAGCCAAGCAUCUUGCUACAUAGAAAUAAUAAAUGCGGCGAAAAAAACACAAACAUGGCAUUAAAAUGACACAAAAGAGUUUCACAAAAAACACUAAAAGGUUAGGAAGGGGUUACAAAAAUAACAGAAAUAUAUAGCAAAACAACACUCCAAAACAACAACAAUAUACAUAAAAUUAGCGAAGAAACAAAAUCACAAAAAAAGCAAUUAAAUGAAACUGAAGAGUCAAAAAAUAAACUAAAAUUAUAUGGAAACAACAAAGUAAAUUAUGUAGAAAUUUCAUAACAAUGUCUCAAAAAUCAAACUUAAAUAACAUGAAUUGACAGAAAUGUUCAGUCAAAACAAUCGAGACUAAAAUUACACAAAAAUAAGAGGGAAAUAAGAUUAAACACUACUAAAAAUACACACACACACACACUCACACACACACACACACUCACACACACACAUAACCCAAAAAAGUUUAUAUCCAAUAUUU